CAAAUAAAAAUUUUUCUGUAGAGUAUUCAUCAAAUUGUUCUGGAACAUUAUGGAUGCGUAAGGCAUCAUCCAUAAUCAAAAUUAAGCACAAUAUAUUUGUAAAAUAGUAUAUUUAAAAAUAAUUAUUCGCGUUUUGUGAAAAAUUAAAGUGAAAGAAGAAAAGCAAUAAUUCCAUAGUUGUGGCUAAGAAAAACAGACACAUCCUAAACAAAGAAAACUUGGGUGCUAAAGUAAGGCUUGGAUUUUAAUAAAGGUGCAUUGACUUGGGUCAAUCGACGCUGCAAAAUUCCCCACUUCAGUCAUAUAACAGCAUCCUGUUUAUACAUAUUUGGAUAAAACAACUUUAAAAAAAUAAACUACGUUGUUUCUUUGUUUCUAAGAAGAAAAAAAUAAACUGAAAUCGUGCAUUUAAAAGUAAACAGUGGUUGAAUAAAAGUGAAUACAAAAAAAAAAACACUCCAAAACAGAAACGAACGACGCAAAAUGCCAGCUGACUCAGUUUCAAGGAUGGAUUCAAAUAGCUCAAAUAAUGAACAAAAUUUACUUGACAACAUACUAGGAACUUCACCUGGUGCUAAGAGCCUACGGGAGCGCACCGAAAGUGAAAGUUCAGACAAAUUAGCUCGAUUUGUUUUACCGAGUAUGGAUGGAAGUCCACCAAAAAUACUGACACUUAACGAAUUAUCAACGGUGCUAAAAAAUAUACAAAAUAUGGAAUUAGCUCAUGAAAUUGCUUUAAAUCCGGAGUUUAAACUUGAACCAUACGAACCACCAGAAGACAGCCUUGAAAGUCGAAUAAAAGAAAUAAUGCAUAAAGCAUUCUGGGAUUUGUUACGUGAACAAUUGCAACAAGAUCCACCCUGCUAUGAUCAUGCAAUACAAUUAUUGACCGACAUUAAAGAAUGCUUUCCACAGAUCUUAUCACCCAAAAACAUGCGUGCUUUAGAUCGCAUAGACGAUGUACUUGACGCGGAUGUCAUAAGACAACAAGCUGAAAAGGGUGUUCUUGAUUUUAGAUCUUAUGCUCUAUUCGUCAUAGAUAUGUUGUCGAAAUUAUGUGCACCAGCACGCGAUGAAACUGUGCAGAAUUUGAAAAAAAUUGAGGACGUUGUGGAUACAUUUAAGGGUAUUUUGGAAACAAUGUCUUUAAUGAAACUCGAUAUGGCAAAUUAUUUAAUAGAUUUUGCACGUAACGAUAUAAUGGCUAAUUCCGUCGAAUAUGAAAAGGAAAAAUUUAAAGAAUAUCUACAAAUUUAUAAAUUUGGAUUUCCAGCUACGGAAAACUGGCUGAAAAGAAAUCGUACACUUGAUGAUAAUAACGUACCUUGCACUGCCGAACAAGCUAUAAACAAUGCCUAUAUAGAUUUAGUAGAUUGGAGUGAAGAGAAUAAGUUCCCCGAGGUUCUAUCAAUGGACAAAGAUCGUUUGCUUAAAUUUACGAAUAGAGCUAAUCGACUCUGUGCUUGUGCUUCUCUUAUUGCACUUUCUUCAGCUUUGCCUAUUAUAUCUCAACGCACAGAUAAUCGAGUUGCUUUAGCUAAACAAAUUGAAGUAUUAAUGCAGGAUGUUAUUACUGAAAAAGACAUGUCUGAGGCUAUAACUAAUAUUUUUGAACAAAUCAAGAGUUUCAUAAAUAAAUGUUUAAACAAAGAAAAUCAACCAAAUGUGGAAGAAGAAACUUUAAACCUUUUAAAAAUGCAUAUAAUGCAAAUUGCAGACAAAAACAGCUCUGUGCGAACUUUAAUGAUGAAGCGAUUGAAAGUCUUUUUCCGACUGGGAAUGCGUUCAAAUGCUGGUUUGCCAGCACCACCACCAGGAUUUGAGCAUUUUAAAGAUGAGUUGGAAGCUUAUACCACUGCCUUGAAACGGGUUAUUAAAUAUAAUCACAACGUAUUUGGUGAUUAUUUUUUAAAAGUUUUAACUCAGGAACGACAAGUAACCGAAACUAGUACGACUGUUGAAAAUACCGAAUCCAAUAAUUAAAGGUAUAAGGCGUGUCCAAAGUUGUAUUAAACGUGGGUAUCAAUAUUUUGGUUUUUUUUUGGAUUAAAUCAAAAACUAGACUGAAGCCAAGGAAACGCAUACAUACUGUCUGUUAAUAAUGGUAGUGAUGGCUUC